GUGUAUCAACAACAAGAAAGGGAGGCUGCGAUGCUUGCACGGAAGCAGAAGACCUUCAAGCUUUUGGAGGCGGAUGAUGAGGAUGAUGAUGCGGUUCCUGUUGCUUCAUUGCCUAGAAAGGAGGAAACUCGAAGCAAGAAGUUCAGGAAAAGAAGUGAAACUCAGGAUGACUUGGAUGACGAGACUGUGAAAAAUGAAGGAAAAGAUAGACGAGUAAGAAGCCGGACGUCACAUGACGAGGAUGAUAGUUCUGAGUCUGAGGAAGAAAGGCUGCGUGACCAGAGAGAAAGAGAAGAGCUGGAGCGUAAAAUUAGAGAACGUGAUGCAGCAGGAACAAGGAAG